AUGUCGAACAAUGACAACCCGACCAUGGCAGUGACUAUGAUUGAGAACGGGGCAUUUCUCUACAUCGAGAGGCCAGCAAACCCCGAGACGCUAAGAUACCUAUGGCAGCAUGUGGCGAGGGAGACCAUGCGCGUGAUGAGAGAGCGCGAAAGGCUGAUAAUGGAAAACUGUAACAACUUUUUCAGUAUGGAUAAAGGGAAGCGUAAAGGAAACGAUUACUAUAACAAAAAAUACGUUGAAAACGAUCACAGCUUCGAUAAUAGUAUGCUGAGCCAAGGAAAUGUGAAGAGAAAGAUGUGUACCGAAUGGACUAAAGAGCUACACGAGAAAUUUGAGGAGGCUAUUUAUCAAUUAGGGGAUGGAAAUAUCUUUCCAAAUGAGAUAGCGAAGAAGAUGAAUGUGCCUGGCCUACAGAGAAUGCAAAUUGCGAGCCAUCUUCAGAAAAUUCGCCAAGCUGACGACGAAGACCCAGAGUCAACCCAAACGGAUCCCAAGUCAUCUGAUGGUAAGAGGUCCAGCAACAAGCGGAGGCGGUUUGGGCGCAUGCCACGAUCCAUGCUGGCCAAAUUAAAAGAGCGGGCCCACAUUCAUUCAUCGAAUAGCGAGAUGGAGGGUAGGGUUACUGAAUCAAGCGAUGGUGAGGGGGCAAGCCACAAGCCAAGUCGGUUCGGGUCCAUGCCCAAAAUUAUGGAGGCCAAUUCAAUAGACCGGGUCGAUGAUCAUGGAUCGAGAUUUGAAAUGCAGGCUGUGGCUAAUGAAACAGGGAUGGCUAACCAGCCCUCAUAUGAACAAGAAGAUAUCUUCAAUAAUUUAGAGGCCUUCCUAAUUAACCCAAAAAUCAACAUUUGA